AUUACCGGUUCCGUCUCCGUAAUUUCAGGCUCCAUCGAUAUUGAUUCACCAUCAAUCAUCAUCCGGCGGCAAACGAGACCUAAUGUCGCUGUUCCUAGGCGGCGAAGGCUCCACUUCAAUAAUGUGUGGUUCACGUACUCUGCCGUUUGACCCAAAAAUAGCACACAACUUGGAAACCAACCGCUUCUCUUUCUUCUUCUUUUCUCUUUAACUGCUACGACGUCGUCCGGGUUUUGGCACUUCUUUUUGAGUGAGCGACUCCGGUCUCACCUCGAUCUCACUCUUCCCAUACAAGAAACCUUAGGCGAAGACGGUUCAACAACUGGCGGAUCCGAUUUAACAGAACCGGGACGUUUAGGAAACAAUACAGUAUUUCCAGGCUUAGCUUGCUUCCUGUUCUUCGCUUCAAUAAAGCAAGAUUUCUGUGGUUUCGGUAAUCCGAAGAUAAAGGCUUUAGAUUUUCUAACGGGAAAGCGUUGAGAAUUGGAGUCCGAGUUCAAAUUAGGAUUAAGAUCGGUAGAGUUGGAAGCAGAGUUAAAAAAAAAACGCGCACCAGGAUGGUACCUCUGGAAGCGAUUGUGCCGGCAGCUCAAAACAAUAUAAACACUCAAUUCAUAUUAUUAGAGAAAGGCAAGACAACGUGGGAUGCUCAAAAUAAGAUGUGCUUGGCGCUUGUGGCGGACAAGACAGCAUCAGUUCACUUGCAACUCUGGGGUGAGGAGUGUGAUGCAUUUGAGGCAGGUGACAUUAUUAGAAUGGAGAACGGCAUUUUCUCCUACAACAAGAACAAUUUGGUGUUGCGAGCAGGCAAGAGAGGCAAGAUAGAGAAACUGGGAGAGUUCACCAUGGAAUUUGUUGAAACUCCCAAUUUGAGCGAGAUCAAAUGGGUUCCUGAUCCUAACAAUUCCAACAAGUACGUUCGACACACUGUCAUUUCCCCGCAUUCACGUAUCUUCCCCCCAAUUCACUAGCUUUUAUUUCUUUAUGGGGUGUCUUUAUGUUCCCAUGAAAUUCCA